GCCCGGCCGGGCGGCCCACUGCUCCCGCGCCUCGCCGCUACCCUCCCGCCGAGGCUCCGCUCUGGUCUCCUGCACUCCCUCUCUGGUGAAAUGAUAAAUGAAUCAGAGGCUUGAGAAAGAGAUGAAAUUUGGUUGUCUUUCCUUCCGGCAGCCUUAUGCUGGGCUGGUCCUAAAUGGAGUCAAAACCCUAGAGACUCGUUGGCGUCCUUUGCUGGCAAACCAGCACAGCUGCACCAUUGCUAUUCACAUUGCUCAAAAAGACUGGGAAGAUGAAUCAUGGAAGUAUAUCCUGGUGGAGAGGCUUGGGAUGACAAGCACUCAAAUUCAGGCGUUGUUGGAUGAAGGGGAGAAAUUUGGUCGAGGAGUUAUUGCUGGGCUUGUGGACAUUGGGGAAACAUCGCAGUGUCCUGGAAAUCUGGCUCCGGAGAAGCUGGUGGACCUGGAAAACAAAGCCGUGCUGACCAACUUGAAACAAAAGUACCUGACAAGUCUUUCAAACCCGAGAUGGCUGUUAAAACCAAUACUUGCUAAAGGCGGAAAGGAUAUAUUUCAAGUUGAGAUCCCCAAAGAACUGAUCCCUUUGGAGCAGGGAAAUUUUAUCAUGGCUUCCCAAAAAUAAAAUUGCAGAGAACUGAGCCAAACAUCUUUAAUGGAUAUGGUUCCCAUAUGAGCCAAACUGUAAAUUCUUUUUAUUGUAUUAAUUGUGCUAGGUGUCCUGUAGAGGAAAAAAAAAACAACUCAUCAUUUCUCAAAACCAGAUCAGUGGGAAUUGUGAUUUUCAAGCUAAAGCAUCCGUGACGUAUGUAUCUUUUUCACCUAUUGACAAUGUUUCAGAUCAUUAGGUCUAAUAAAGACAAUGACAUCGGCCAAUAAAUGUCAUCAUGUUGCUAUUUUUAUCCCA